AUGCAAUCCCUUCGUAUGCUGGGUCGCAUUGCGCCCAGGGCACCGUUCCGGCCCUUGUCGUCCAGAUGCUAUUCUGCCGUCUCGAAGAGUUACCUGCGCCCAUCGCUACAAGCCUUCAAGAAGUCAUCAUAUCCCGCAUUCUCUACGUCGAUAGCAAAAAGAGAACCUGCAGGCGACGGUGAUCAACUCCUGGCUACUAAACUGGAGAGCGAGCGCGCUCUUGAGGUUGACAGCACUGACCCGGCCAACGCCAAUCCAGAGCUGGAGAAGUUCCGAUCAAGUGGCGUGUGGGAAGUGAUUGAUCAUCCCGGCACUCACGAGAUCACGCUGCAGAGAUCAUUUGGCGACAAUGAGACAAUCAAAGUUGAGAUGUCGAUCACCGACAUGACAGACAUGGCUGAAGACGAAUGGGACCAAGACAUGGACGACGAUGCCGCGCUCGCAGACGAGGGUUUCGAGCAACCCAAGCGCACCAUCAACCAGUCGGGCGCCAGCGGACGCCCCGUCGAUGUCGUCUCCGAAGAUCAAGUCGCACCUGCAGACCGCGACGGUGAAUUUGCGGAUGGCGACGCGACCCCUUCGUACCCCAUCAACAUCGACAUCACGGUCACUAAGCCUGGCAACCAGAAGAUCGAGAUUCGAGCUGCCGUUCAAGACGGCGCCGUUCAGACCCACGAGAUUCAGUAUCUCCCAGCCGAGCCCGCGGGCGAUGAUAACACUACACCUUAUGCUGGCCCACCUUUCAACAACCUUGACGGUGAUCUCCAGGUCAUGUUUGAGCAGUACCUCGAGGAGCGCGGUGUCAACGAGGAGCUGGCGCAGAUCCUGCCCAUCCUCAUUGAAGCCAAAGAGCAGCGCGAAUAUGUUGACUGGCUAAGCAGUAAGUCUUGCCUGCCCGGUUCCAAUGCUCGAGUUUGCUAA